AUGUCCGCAGCCAAAAAGGGUAACAACAAGUCUGCGGCUGCCGCGACGUACGCCUAUCGGGACAUCGUCCUCGGCAAAGUCCGCGGCUACCAGCCCUGGCCCGGCAUGGUGAUUGACCCGGAUACUGCUCCGCCUGCUGUGGCGGCCGAACGUCCGUCCAAAGGUGGCAAGUCGCACUACUGCGUCAAGUUCUUCCCCAAAGGCGACCACGCGUGGCUCCCGCCCAGCUCGCUCUCCCGUCUGCAGCCGCACGAGAUCAAUGCGUUCAUCGACGAGCCGCCAAAGGGCCAGCAGAACAAGAAGGACCUCCUCGAGGGCUACAAGAUCGCGCGUGACCCCUCCAAAUGGGAGGAGGAGCAGGCCGAGCUCGCAGCCAACGCCGCAGAAGAGCUCGCGGACGCGGACGUCGACGAGCUCGAGGACGGCAGCGAGGGCAGCGCGGACAGCAAGCCCGCCAAGAAGCGCAAGCGCGCGAGCGAGGGCGGCGGGCGCGCGAAGAAGGUGGAGCGGAGCGCGGCGGAGAGCGGGAGCGCGCUGCCGAAGAAGAGGGCGCCGCGCAAGAGCAACGGCAAGAAGAGCAAGGACACGAUCGAGAGCGAGGACGACGCCGAAAGGGCCGAUGCGGACGGCGAGGCGGACGACGCGGGCCCUAGUAAGGCGCAACCGUCGCCUCCGCCAGCUAAGAAGACCAAGCAUAACAAGGACGAUGGACCUUUGGCGGACGAUAAGGAGGCGCAGAAGGUCAAGAACUGGCGGCAUACGCUCCAGAAGACGUUCCUCACUAACACCAGCGGCGCCAAAGCCGAGGAUAUUCCGGUCAGCGACGCGCUUUUCACGGAAAUUGAGCAGUACAACGGCAUGACCGUCGCGUACUUGAGCUACUCGAAGAUCGGCAAAGUGAUGCGCCACAUCCACCUGCUGGACGAGGCCAAGAUCCCGGACGAGGCGACGUACGGCUUCCGCAAGCGCGCCAAGGCGCUCGUCGACAAGUGGCAGACGCAGCUGCACUCGACCGCGGGCGCGCCGAGCCCGACGGUCGAGAAGCCGAAAGAGGACGGCGCGCCGGAGAAGAAGGACGGCGAGGAGAAGGGCGAGGAAAAGGCUAAGGAGGAUGAGGUUGUUAAGGAGAACGGUUCUGCGACGGCAGCGGAGGGGGAGAAGAAGGAUGAGGUUGUUGUCGGAGAUGGGGACGCGAAGAUGGAGGAUGCGACCGCGGCGCCGGCUGAGGCUGGGGAUGCGCCGGCUGAGCCUGCGGCUGCACCCGCUGAGGGCGACGUGGCGAUGGCUGAGGCGUGA